AUGAACCAACAAGCAACCUUCGGGGACGCAAAUUGCGGGUCUCAGGUUGCACAGAAUCAUGGCAGCGUCACCAACCAGAAUCAUGGCAAAAUCACCAAUCAUUUUCAUUCUGGCGCAUAUAAGAUGAUGAUCAACGCGAGGCAGAUAUGGGCUGGAAUUAACGAGGCCAUGCACUUCGUCUUAGACAACGAAGACUACCAGCCAUGGCACGCAAACACCAGGAUCAAUUUCCUUUGGAUCAAGGGCGAUCCCGGAAAAGGAAAGACAAUGCAGAUGUGCGGGAUAAUUGACGAAUUGGAACGUGAUAUGGGUGACAAGGCAAAUAUCUCAUUCUUCUUCUGUCAAGCUACAGACGAGCGUAUCAACAGUGCGAUUUCAGUACUUCGGGGCCUUAUUUAUCUGGUCACAGAGAAGCAGCCUUCGCUUCUCUCUUAUGUCAGGAAGCGCUAUGACCAAGCAGGAAAGCAAUUAUUCGAAAAUACGAUUACAUGGCAAUCCCUCACUGGAAUUCUCUCGGAUAUUUUGGUAGAUCCAAGCUUACGCCGCACCUACUUUCUCAUCGACGCACUUGACGAGUGUCUCACGGAUAUGCCAAAACUGCUGAAUUUUAUUUCUGGGUUAUCAUCUUCCGGCUCCUUGCCAAUCAAAUGGAUCGAGUCUGGUCGGAAUUCACCUAUAAUCGAGGAACACCUCAACUGCACAAAUGAGAAGAUUAGGCUCUCUCUAGAACUGAACGAGAAAUCUGUUUCCGAAGCGGUUGCAUUUUAUAUCGACGAGAAGAUCCAGCAACUGGCUAGGAAGAAGAUGUACAGUUCAGAAACCCGCGGGGCUGUUUACCAGCAUCUCCGUGCGAAAGCACAUGGCACCUUUUUAUGGGUGGCUCUAGUCUACGAGGAGCUCCAGAAAGCAAGGUCUUGGAAAACGCUCAAACUACUCACAUCUUUACAGAAGAGAACUGGCUUAUCGUCAGUCUUGGACCGAGUCCGAGAUGCGUCUAGAUUUCUACGUCGACAUAAAGAUGUUAUUGAAAAGUCCCCUCUUCAGGUCUACAUUUCAUGCCUGAUCUUCAGUCCAAGAAUAGCAUCGUUAGAUCGUGCUACCAGAAGGAGAUACCUUUCUGGAUUUUGGCGGUCUCCUCCGGGAGUGAAAAUUGGGACCACUCCUCUUGAUACUCGACCGAAUCGAUGA